CUGAUUGGCUGCGCGCGUGACCCCGCCGGCGAAGGGCCGGACGUGCUGGGGUGGUCGCGUUGGCAGCCGCGGAUCUUGGAAGGCUCCGGGAGCCCAGGGAAGCCCCGGAGAGGCGCGGGCGGAUGGCGCAAGGAUGGGCCGGCUUCUCCGAGGAGGAGCUGCGGAGGUUGCGGCAGAACAAAGAUCCAUUUGAGCCAGCUGAUCGGCCAAAGCGUCACCCUAUGAACAAAAGUCGACAACAACUACAGCGGGAAAAGGCCCUUCAGCAACAAAGCCAAAAGCUUGGACUUCAGGAUGGUACAUCAGUUCUUCCAGAGCAGUUGCUUUCUGCACCAAAACAGAGAUCUGACCCAUCUCCUGCUCUCUUCAUCUCCCCUGGUAAUAAUGAAAAGCAUCAGAGCAUUGGAAAUCAACAGAAAAAAGCAGGACUUGAGAAUUUCUAUAAUGACGAUAAAAAAGACGAGACUGUUACUCCAAAACCAAACUGUAAAUUGGAAAAAAAGAAAGUGGAAUUGUUAACCAGGCAGGAAAAAUCUCAUUGGGAAAUCCUCCAGGAAGAGCAACGACUCAUGGAAGAGAAAAAUAAACGAAAAAAAGCAUUUUUGGCCAAAGCUAUUGCAGAAAGAUCCAAGAGGACUCAGGCAGAAACCAUAAAACUCCAGCGGAUUCAGAAGGAGCUACAGGCUUUAGAUGACAUGGUGUCAGCUGAUAUUGGAAUCUUAAGGAAUCGAAUUGAUCAGGCAAGCUUGGAUUAUUCCUAUGCUCGGAAACGAUUUGACAAGGCAGAAGCUGAGUAUGUGGCUGCAAAGCUGGACCUCCAGCGGAAGACAGAGAUCAAAGAGCACCUCACGGAACACCUCUGCACCAUCAUUCAGCAGAACGAGCUCCGCAAGGCCCGCAAGUUGGAGGCGCUGAUGCAGCAGCUGGAAGUGGAAGCUGAUGAGGAGAGUCUGGAGCUGGAGAUUGAGGUGGAGAAGCUGCUGCAGCAGCAAGAAGAAGAAGGGAGAAAGCAGACAGUCCUUGCAGAGGAGGCACUGAAGCCAUCUAGGAAUGGUAUCUCCCUAGGAAUGGCGGACGAGGGCAACCAGGCUGCAGAAACAGCUGUUGGGCCACGGGUAGAGGGCCAGGACACAAAGGCAGAAUCCAGGGCCUGUUCAGACUCAGGCAGAACAGAGCAGGAAGGGAGAGCUGCUAUAGACACACUCCCCAACAGUCAGGCCUCCUGAAGGGCCCCAGGUUGUGUCCUGACUCCCUGGAAUUCCUAGUAAAAACCCACAUUAAGCCAGGCUGGUAUAAUUUUGAGUCCACUUGUGAAGUGCCAAGUAAUACUAAUUGCAUUUUUAUUGUGAAGCAUGAAUGUACUUAGUCGUGUCCUUUGUCUGGGCCAUAUGCUUGGGCCUGAAUUUAGUCAUCUUCAGUCUACUUUGUGCUACUGCUGCUGCCCACAAGAGACCAUGCAGUGGAGCAGUUUAGCCACUUGGCUCAGUUGCCCCAGGGACCAUGUUUUCUCACCUUCAUCCAGGCCAUUUUCUGCAGGUGCUCACCCUCCCCGAGUCCACCUGAUUUUUACCUCUUUGUCAGAGAACUAUAAUUAAAGCACUACCAUUAGUAUAUCUGAGGUGUAUUACUGAGAUGCUCUAUUGUUCCCCUGACUCUCUUUGUGACUUUCCUGAGCAUAACCAGCUUCCCAGGCUCCCCAAUACAUGUUAUUUCCCUUAUUAAAAUAUAAGCUCUUUGAACCUUUCACUAGAAUGUUUGGCAGUAUAGUAAAUGCUCUUCAUUCAUUCAUCAUUCAUUUACUUCACCAUCUCAAAAGGCUGAUGCAAGAAAACAAACUAUGUUGUUAGAAAUUUUAACUUUACUGAUCUUAAAAUUAUUUUUCUGAUGCCUAUUAAAAAACUAAAUAAACUUAGAAAUAAUUUUCAGUGUAGUAUCUUACCUGAACUGUGUUAAAUUUUGCUGGGAAAAUUUGGUGGUAGUUCUUCAUUGACAUCGGGUUUUUAUUUGUUUGGGAGGGAGUGAUAUGUUAAGAAAGCAUCUGUUUCUCUUUUUUACCAUUGUGUUCCCUCUUCUAAAUAGGCUCAUUGUUGAAUGCCUCAUAUGGACUACAGCAAAUUUUUUAAACGCUCCUCAAGAGGUGCAUAUUUGAGUUAUUAUACUGUUGACUUACAUUCAUUUUAUAAAUCACAAUGGAUAAAUCACAUGAGUUUAGGGCAUUGGGUUGUUACCCCAUAAAAUUAUUUGAAGACUUUGAGGAAAAGUACUGUCUACAAAGCAGUAGGUUUCUCUUGUUAAUGUUAACAUUGCUUCAGUUGUGCAAAUUCAGAAGAACACUUAGCUGUCUUAUAAGAAUGAAAAUGCCAUUUAGUAAGAUGUAUCAGGGAAUAACUCAGUACAUUAUUGCUGUUUAUGAUCAAAAAUUUUUGUUAAUUUUUUUCUCAAUUUACUUUGUGUGUUGGGAGUAAAUUAAUUUACAUGAUAAAACAAAAUUUUAAAUUCUAUGGCUAAUAUUGAUUUGCUAUUACUUUAAUAGUUUUUCCAUUACUUACUGCUAAUUUGUUUGGCCAAUAUGUUUUUACUUUGUAAAACUUUCAUCCAAAUAAAUGCUAUAGUCUCAUCGGAAUACUUAAACUAGGGUUUGGAUUUAAUUAUGAUCUAUAUGUCACAUACCCUAAGAAGUGUAAAAAUUUCUAAACAAUUAAUUUCAAAUGGGGAAAGAAAAUGUGCAAUAUUAAUAACUUCUCAGAAAAACUUAGGAAUAUCUUAUUUAAUGUAUGAACUUAUGGACUGAAGUGUCGUUUUACUGUCACUUUCUACUCCUGUGUAUGGAGCUAUAUGUUUGUAUAUUAUUCAGUGUGAUUGGGAAAACCAGUAUUGUUACUGUCAAUCUUCAAAAUUUCAAACAUCUUAGUAAACAGUUGCAUUUAAGUUUAUGAAUUGUAUACAUAAAAUUGAAAUCUUCAGUGUCCAAGUUAAUCAUAUUUUUCUAAGAAAUAAACAAAUCAGAUGAA